AUAGUUUGCAGUGCUGACAAGUGGUAUGGCGGACAUAUGAGUCCAGUAAGCACAAGUAGGAUAAGAUUGUAAUGAAAAUUUUACGUCGAUAAGGACUACGUUUUUGGCCGUAACUGUUUAAUCAAAUGUCCGUAUUUAUAUUCGAAUUUGCUAAAUUCGAUACAUGAGCUCCUUGGUUUUUAAAGAUUAAUUAACGUGGAAACUAACAAGGAUUCUUUCAAGUGAAUUUGAACACUUUAUAUUGUGAAAAAAUGAGUUCUGGGUUUAUUUCGGAGGCUGCAAUAGCAGAACAGCGAAAAUUACGACAAGAAGAAUGGGACCGUGUUAGGACAGCGGAACAACCUACAGAUGCCCCAGAGGAGCCUUAUGAUCCAAGGUCUUUAUAUGAACGAUUACAAGAACAAAAAAAUAAACGUGAUAUAGAGUAUGAAGAAGCUCACAAGCUUAAGAAUAUGAUAAAAGGCUUAGACGAUGACGAGGUAGAGUUCCUGGACUUAGUAGACCGGACUAAGUUGGAAGAGGAACGUAAAAAGAAUCUUGAAGAAGAAAAGGAAAUGCGAGAUUUUAAAGAAGCAGUUGCAUCUUUGCAGGAGAAGGCACUAGAUGAAAAGUUGAAGCAGGAAUUAAAGAAUCCAUUAAGUGUUUCUAAACAUCCAUCGAGUGGAAGGUUACGAUAUAUAGAUAAUGAAUCAAAAGGAACGAAAAGGAAACACUCAGAUUCUGAGUAUGACAAGGAAAUAUCAAAUAAAAAUGAAGAGUGCCUUUCAACAUCUUGUGAAAUACCGAAGAUGUCCGAAGAAUGUUUAAAUGAUGUCAGCAAGAACGAGUCUCCACCUACUUAUACAAUAAGCAGCAAAAAUCAAAUUGGAGGAUUAAAGUGUAUCGGAAUAUUACCUGGACUUGGAUCUUACCAAGAUUCCAGUGAUAGCGAUUGUAGUUCAGAUUCUGAUCAGGAAUCUGAACAGAAUCAAGUUAAGUUUGAUUUGUUGGGUCGAAAGAUUGAAAGACCAGCAGAGAUUGAGAAAAGUUAGAAUUCACGUAAAUCUCUCCGGUAAUGUGAAAAAAAGUUUGAUUUAA